UCAUGUCAACUUGAUUUUAAUGAAUUCUCAUGAGACAGGAAAGGCUGCAAUACACACACACACACAACCAAUGAACAUCUGGAAACAGCAUUGGCUUAGCAAUAUUGACAUGAAAAGGAGUGAUAUUGCAGGUGGUGAAAAGCGCUCACCUAGUCAAGGGUCAGAAGAAGGAAUCACAAGAACCAAAGAUGGAGCGUUCACGUUCUCGUGGAUCUCCAGGCAACUUCAUUUUGAUGAUGGAGCUCAGGAAGAAAAUAAUUACCUUCAGAGACAUCAUUGACCUACCACCUUUCGAUGGUUCUCUGAGCAUAAACGAGCUGGUGAUGGGAACAAUGAAAGAUCUGCACAAGUUUUACCCUGAAAUCAUACCCAGUAGUCAACUGUCAGAAGUUAAAGGAGCAUCUAUCGAUAAGGUUCUCAUCUACUUUUGUGAGGCUUUGAAAUCAAUUGGGGAUUCAUGGAUGAUGAAUCAAGAAUGGAUGGACAAAGCUACAUACAACAUGUACAAUAACAAUGAUCACAGGAUCAAUUCAGAACAAAUAGUUGAAAUUGCUUUGGCGACACUCACCUGCCUGAUUAAGAUACCAAGAGAAAUGUUUGAUGUCAUGGAUGAAUAUGAGCCAAAUAAAGAUUGUUCAAAAUCCAACGCAUUCAGCAAAAUCUUGACGGGGUCCUAUUCAGACAUCAAUAGCUACAGCCCAUGUGGUGCUUCUCCAGAGACUCCUACAUCAGUUCUUCCUCAGUUUAUGGGUUCUCCUGCCUCGGUAGAAUUUGCAAAUUUUUAUUGCUCUUCUCCUCAUCUCCGGUCUCUGAGAGCUCAGGCACUUGGGAAAUUGAACCCCAUGGACAUAAAACGUCUCUCGUUCCAAUACAUGCCCUCAAACCUGGAAACUCAAGACGGCAACAGUUUGAACAGAAAAGACUGUGUGGAUUAUGAAACAAUGGCAGAAAUGGAAGCAAAGAGCAAACCUUUGUACCAAACGAGCAAUUCAGAUGAGGAACUGAUGUUUGAAAUGGAAGCAAGCAGCAAUUCUGAAGUGAAAAAAGCUUCUGGCAUUGAGGAUCCCAGAGAUUACAGCUCCAAAACACGAAUGCCACAGAUUGCAGCAUCUGAGAUUACUAUAGCGACAACUAAAGCCACAGGAUUGUUAAAGCCAUCAGCAGCAUUGUCACAAAAUGCAUCACAAGUUCCACCAGCACAGCCACCUAUAUCCUCACCGAUGAUGGUGGACGUGGUAGCAACACCACUACAACCACCAUCUACUCCGCAACCACUGAAGUUGCAACCAGAUGUAGCCAUCCCACAGCCACCACCUCCACCGCCACUACCACCAAUUGUGCUGCAGCCAACGACUGUUACAGUGGGAAGUGUACCACUUCCGCCGCCGCCGCCGCCGCCAUCUACUAUGUCAAAAACUGUAGCAGCAGCAGCACCACCUCCACCGCCACCACCCAUGGCAUUUGGAACCGCAACAGUGGCACUCCCACCACCACCUAUGUUAUCAGGAAGCGGAACAGUAUCACCGACGCCGCCUCCGCCACCACCUCCUCAAACAUCAACUGCCAGAACUGCACCACCUCCUCCCCCACCACCCAUGAUGUCUUCAAAAGGAUCCAUGCCAUUGCCGCCGCCGCCACCGAUGCCACUCGGAAAUGGAGCUGCUCCACCACCUCCUCCACCUGGUGCAGCAAGAUCCUUACGUCCCAAGAAAACACAGACUAAACUGAAGAGAUCAAGUCAGAUGGGUACUCUGUAUCGGGCUCUUAAGGGGAAGGUGGAAGGAGGAAAUCAAGUUACUAAAUCAUCUAGUGGAAGAAAGGGUCCAGCUUCAAGCAGUGCUGGUGGAAAGCAGGGAAUGGCUGAUGCACUAGCAGAGAUUACAAAGAGAUCAGCAUACUUCCAACAAAUUGAAGAAGAUGUUCAAAAGCAUGCGAAGGCAGUCACAGAGCUGAAGGCUACCAUCAGUAGUUUCAAAACAAAAGACUUGACAGAAUUGAUCAAGUUCCACAAGCAUGUUGAAUCCAUUCUUGAGAAUUUAACUGAUGAAACACAGGUGCUUGCAAGAUUUGAAGGUUUUCCUCAGAAGAAACUGGAAGCAUUAAGGACUGCAGCUGCCCUAGGCUCGAAGUUGAAUGGAGUAGUCUCUGAACUGCAAAAUUGGAAGAUACAGCCUCCGCUAGGCCAACUUCUUGACAAGGCCGAAUGCUACUUCAACAAGAUCAAAGGAGACCUUGAUGCCUUGGAGAGGACCAAAGAUGAAGAAUCCAAGAAAUUUCGUAGUCACAACAUCGACUUCGACUUCUAUAUCCUCGUACAAAUCAAAGAGUCAAUGGUGGAUGUUUCUUCAAACUGCAUGGAAUUGGCACUCAAGGAGAGGAGGCAAGCAAAAGCAGCAGGGAAAGCAGUAACUAGAACCAAAACUGAACCUAAAAAGGCCUGUGCUAAAAUGCUUUGGAGGGCUUUCCAAUUCGCAUUCCGGGUUUAUAGCUUUGCUGGUGGACAUGAUGAUCGAGCUGACAAGCUGACAAGAGAAUUGGCCCAUGAAAUAGAGACUGAUUCUCAUGAUCAAUGAGUAAUUAAAAAUCAUUUAAAGAGAAAAAAAAUUAGAAAACGAAAAGAAAAACCCCACUAAAUAGCUAUUCUACUCCCAUUUGUAACAAGUAAUUUUGGAGUUCAUAUUUAAGCGAUUGAUUCCUUCUUCUUUUUUUUAAAAAAAAAGUCAAUUGAUGAUUGAGGGAAUUUGGACUUGGAACCUCAUUUUUGGAAAAACUUGGCUACCGAUUAUGCUAUAUCUCGGCCAUGUUGUUGAUUAUUAAUUAUUCUGUCAAUUGUUUUUGCUUCCCGACUUCCGACAAGAAAUGUAAGAAGCGCCAUCUCA